GACAAGGAGAGGGACAGUUUGAUUGACAGAUGAGGGGCAGUGACAUCACAUGGACGCUGUAUAAAAGGCGAAAGUUGGGAAAAAGUGAUGAUCUGAUCUCAUUUGGGGAGUUUUCCAAGCCAGUCACACACUCUUCAGAAAGGACACCGAUAUCGACGAUGGCCGAGCAUGACCAGGUUUUGAAAUACUGGGGAGCCAUCGAGGCCGACUACACGGGUAAUGGAGGGGAAGUUCUGACCCGUUUGUUUAAGGAGUAUCCGGACACUCAGAAGCUCUUCCCCAAGUUCGCAGGCAUCGCUCAGUCUGAUCUGGCUGGAAACGCAGCAGUGGCGGCCCAUGGCGCCACCGUGCUGAAGAAGCUGGGUGAGCUGCUGAAGGCCAGAGGAGAUCACGCUACCAUCCUCAAACCGCUGGCCAACACACACGCCAACACGCACAAGAUCGCCCUCAACAACUUCAGGCUGAUCACUGAGGUGCUGGUGAAGGUGAUGGCGGAGAAAGCUGGUCUGGACGCGGCCGGUCAGGCCGCACUGAGGAAAAUCAUGGACAUCGUCAUUGGCGACAUCGACCGUUACUACAAGGAGUUUGGAUUCGCCGGUUAAACGACACGCUGAACGUCACGAACUCAGCGGGAUCAUAGAAAAAGCGCUUGUCUUGUUAAUGCCAUUAGUGAAUAGAAGUUACUGUGCAGCUAAUACGAUUAAAACUAUCCACAAAGAACAAAUCACGUCUAAACCCCAAAUACCUAUACAACUGUGUUUGUAGGUCUUAGUCAGGGCAGGGUCAGGUUUGAUUUUGACAGGAGUGAAAACGAGGCUGGACGUACAAGCGCGGUCGAUGGAUUGUACUGUUGUUUGACAGCAUACUGAUUGUAACAAAACAUUUAAACUCCAUAAACAGUUGUUGAAAGUUGUGAGUCGUGGGAAUCACGUGAUCUAGGAGCUUUAGGCCUUCACAGCCUCGUUUUUAGCCGCGUUAGAUUCAAAAUAGCGUCUAACCCGAUUAAGGUAAAUGUGCCUUCAGCAGAGCCAAUCACGUCAGGUUAUAUUGUCAGCUGAUCUGGUGAUGUCAAAACAGUGAUCGUAGGCGCGUUAGGGUCUCAGGAGGAGCCACAGAUUAGGACUAAACUUCAUCUCAAUUGCGCUUGAGUGAUUGCACAUGAAUGAAAUCCUGAUUAAUUUGGGAGAAAAUGAAGAUUGAAAUUAAAAUUGGUUUAAUUCCAAUGACGCCUCGUUUAUUUUGAAAGGCCAUAGAUAUUUGUUCUACACUUGCUUUGUCUUUCUAUUAUUAACCUGCAUUAUGAAUCAUUUGCUUGGCUGCUGAAAAGCAACUUUUAUUAAUAAACAUCACUUUUACCUGCUGAAAAACUGAA